UCCAUGAGAGGAGCUGUCAGCUUAGCUAUGGAUAUAAAGUAUGGUGUAUCGUGGGUCUCUUUUUGACAGGAAACCUCAUCGCAUCAUCCGACAGCUUCCUUCUCUGAUCCAGUCAAAAGGAAAAAGCGAGUUCUCCCGUUUGCAUUGCCCGUCCAAUCAUGCUCUCCCGCACCAUCCUCAACGCGCUGGCGAUCUUCGCCUCCGCAGCUACAGCUAGCCCUACCUCGUGGAGUACCAGCAGCGGCGACGCUCUUGUGCAAUACUUAGAAGAGAGGGCAGCUCCUGCGCUGAACUUCAAAUUUUCUUCUCACGGCUCAAUCGUCACCCCUGACUCUCCUCAGUGGGAGAACGACACGUCGAGAUGGUCGACCUGGAGCGCUCCCUCGUACAGCGUCGCAUUCUUUCCCGGUGAAGAGCGUGAUGUCUCCGUUGCUCUCAAGUACAUGUCCAGCCACAACAUCUCAUGGCUAGCCAUGGGCGGCGGCCACGGCAACACACUCACAUUGGCUACUGCGCAGAACGUUGUAUUGAUCAACAUGGAGAGAAUCAACAAGAUCACGAUGAAUCCCGACAAGUCUGUUUCCGUGGGUGGCGGAGCUUUGUUUGGAGACCUCUACCCAGUCGUUUAUGCUGCCGGCAGAGAGCUACCCCUCGGCGCUUGCGCAUGCGUCGGUGUCGGUGGUGCCAGCCUCGGUGGCGGUCACAGCCGUCUCCAGGGCAAGUACGGCUUGAUCGUCGACGCAAUCACCAAGAUGCGAGUCGUUCUAUGGGAUGGCUCUGUCCUUGACGUAUCCGAAACCAAGAACUCCGACUUGUUCUGGGCUAUGCGAGGAGCUGGCCACAAUUUUGGCAUCGUUCUCGAGUUCACAUACAAGACUUGGCCUCUGCAGAACGGUGGUCUGACUUACAACGCCGACAUGACCUUUACCAGCGAUUCUCUAGCCGGUGUUUUGGGUGUCAUCAACGACCUCAUCCCAACCCUAGACGCAGGUCUCGCAUUGGACAUGUUCAUCUACUAUGACCCACCCACCCAAGAGAUUGUCUCCUUCCUCAACAUCGUGUACGCCGGUACUCUAGAGCAAGGAAACAAAUUCACCGAUCUCUUCGCGACCAAGAACGCGAGCGGAACCCACAUCGAGCGUCUCACCCUCAACGUGACGAUGAUCCCCUGGGAGCGGAUCCCCCACGAGGCCGCCAACGGCAUCAUCGACCUCGCCUGCACCGAAGGGUUCGAGUACAACACCUUCACGGUGAACAUGGGCAAGUUCGACAUCCCGCAGCAGCUCGAGCUGUACGACUCGUACGUGGACCUAGUCACAAACAACCCGCUGGCGUCGAGCUCGCUCAUCUUCUACGAGGUGUUCGGGCAGCAGGCGGUGGUGGCGCAGGACCCGGCGAAGACGGCGGCGGGCAACCGCGACUACUCGGCGAUCCUCGCGGUGCUGCAGACGACGUACACGGACGAGAGCGUGGCGGGCGUCGCCGACGCCUGGGGCCGCCGCUGGCGCGACGACAUCUUCAAGCCCGAGCACUCGGGCUACCCCGUCGAGUCCGUCUACAUGAACUACGCCCACGGCGACGAGCCCCUGCAGGCCAUGUACGGCUGGGAGCCCUGGCGCCUCGAGCGCCUCCGCAGCCUCAAGAAGCGCUACGAUCCUCACGGGUUCUUCAACUUUUACAACUCGGUGCUUUGAGAUGGG